AUGCCUUUCACAGUCCUCUCAGACACCAACGUGAACCACAUUCUAGACACGUUAUCACCAACCGAUGUCACUGAUCUGGCUAGCGCCCUCGAACGCGCUCUCAUCCAGUACUCAUGCAACAAUGAACAGCAAUACCAGCCGCAUCGCGCUGUCGUGAAUCGAGACGGUCAAGUCAGCUUGUUCAUGCCCGGAACCACCGACCAGCUACUCGGCGUUAAGAUUGUCGGCAUCACACCAGCUGAAAGGCUCAAGCCUAGUGAAGCUGGUCUAAAGAGCGUUUUGACGCUGUGUGAUGCCAGAGGCGAUGCUAUCGGCACGCUCAACGCCGCUGCUCUCACGGCUUUCCGAACAGCUCUAGGAUCGAUGCUGGCCUAUCGGUUCAGGCGGAAUACCGAGAAUAUCGUGGUGUUUGGUGCAGGCAAGCAAGCUCUAUGGCAUAUUCGCUUGGCGCUUUUGCUGAAAGAAAAGGAUAUCAAGUCUGUGACUAUUGUCAACCGGUCAAACGAGAGGACUCAACAAUUGAUUGAGUCUCUCAAGUCCAACCACUCAUCUCCAUGGCCCUCGCACAUCACCCUGCAAGCCUUCGACCCCAAGGAUGACCGUGAUGCAGCUUUGGAGGAUCUAGUUGUGGAUGCAGACGUGUUGUUUUUCACCACACCUAGCACACAGCUCGUCUUCCCCGCUGCAUACCUCACGUCUGACAAAGCUCGAAGCAAAACCCGCUACCUCGCAGCGAUCGGCUCAUACCGUCUUGACAUGCAAGAAAUUGACCCAGAUCUUCUGAAACAAGUCGUCGACCCUGCUGGACCCUUUGCCUCUGUUGGUUACCGCGGAUCCGUUGCAGUUGACAGUCGUGACGGGUGUCUGCAGGAAGCCGGAGAGCUGGUCAAGGCUGAGGUGCCUACAGACAAGAUGCUUGAGAUUGGUCAGCUGCUUCAGACAAAGAAUACUGAGAACCCAAGCGAGUCGAGCUACGUCCAUCUCGAGUGUGGCAAUCUCACCAAGGACGAGCGCAACAACGUCGCCAAUUUUAAAUGGUCCUUUCCAGUUGAUUGGGAUCCCAAACCGAAGCCCAACGGUACAUGGCACGGCCACAACAGGGCAGAAUUGAAAACGCCGUGGGCUAUAGCCAUUGACAGAUUUGUUGAUCCUUUCUGGACAAAUGUAACCAACUUAUCAGACCGAUACGAGGAUUUCUUCUUUAUGAUGAGCAUGGAUGGUCGCCCGCUGCUCUUUGAGAACGAAACUGACAUUGACGUCACACCCCCAAGACUUCUUUUCGACUCUGGCUGGAUGUAUAGCUCGUCCCGUGGCCAGGUGAAUAGCCAGGUAGGAAUGAAGACAAAAUGCGAAGUCCUGCAGCGCUACGUCGAGUCGCAAGUCCACUGUUCUCGACUUGGUAUGUCAACCCCACAGAACUGCUCUGUCAUCGCGCAACGGUCGUCGCGUAAAAAGCAUGCCCCAGAAGGAGUAACCAUGCUUUCUUGGGAGACAACCUGGGGCUGGGUGUCAUCACUGCCAUCAGUGGUGGAAGGAACUCUGGAAUACCCCGAUAUCGUGAUGCGAUACCUCGACAAUCCGCAGCGCAAUGACAUGUAUCCCGGGGCUGCAGAAGAAGACAAGGAAAUGUUCAAGGGUGUCACUCCAGAGCAAUUCAGCCGUCGCCUGGCGCAGGUGAUCAACACUUACGUGCUAAUCAGCCAAGUCUACCAGUCGGCCAUGCAAGCCGACGCCCCUUUCGAGCAAAACGUCACCGUACCUAUCCAGGUGAGCAACCUAGUGGAAGUUUACGCAGUGAACUGGACGUGGAUGUUUCUCUUCUUUGCUUCUUACGCCAUACUACUGGCCAGCGGUAUAGUGAGUACUGUUUUCGCUCAUUUGGCUAUUGGGCCAGAGAUUCUCGGCUAUGCUUCUUCAGCGGUUCGUGACUCCAAGUAUAUGGACCUGCCGCCAGAUUUAGGUCCAAAGGAUGCUCUUGAGGUGACAAGGGUAAUCGGUCAGAACAAGGUGAAGUACGAGUUUACGGAGGAGAUGUCUCAAGAUGGUCAACCCUUCGUGGAUAUUGGUUUGGAGAGUAAGAUUGAGGGGAUUCAGAAACAUCGGUCAUUGAAAUCGAAUCUCGGAUGUACUUGA